AUGUCGCCUGCAGCUGCUGCUGCUGCUGCUGGAGCAGCCCCUGCUGCUGCUGCUGCUCCGAAGAAGAAACUCGCAAUGCCAAUGCCCCCCACUUACGACCCCCAGUAUGUCGAAAGCGGCUGGAUGGACUGGUGGCUUUCCCAGGGCUACUUCUUGCCUGCUGACGCGACGCAGCGGCAGCAAGCAGCAGCAGCAGCAGCAGCAGCAGGGGGAGCAGCAGCAGCAGGAGGAGGAGCAGCAGCGGCAGGGGGAGCAGCAGCAGCAGGGCAGGCCGCGAGGUCGGUGGAGGAGCGCCGCAAAGCGGCAGCAGCAGCAGCAGCAGCAGCAGCAGCAAACCAGAAGUUUGUUAUGGUUAUUCCCCCCCCCAACGUCACGGGCUCUUUGCAUAUUGGCCACGCCUUGACUGUGGCCAUAGAGGACGCUUUGGCCCGCUGGAAUCGAAUGCGGGGCAAAAUCGUGCUGUGGGUUCCUGGGGUGGACCACGCGGGCAUCGCCACACAGUCCGUCGUCGAACGCAAACUGCUGAAAGAAGAAAAUAAAUCUCGACAUGAUUUCGGAAGAAAAGACUUCGUCGAAAAAGUGUGGCAGUGGAAGGAGCAGUACGGGAACAGAAUCACGGACCAGCUCAGAAGAGUCGGCAGCAGCGUUUCUUGGGACCACUUUUGCUUCACCCUCGACAGCAAAUUGUCUGCUGCAGUUGUGGAGGCUUUUGUGCGGCUCUUCAACCGCGGGCUCAUUUACAGGGAAGAAAGACUGGUCUCGUGGUCUUCUUGUUUGAAGACGGCGCUGAGCGACAUCGAAGUGGACACGGAGACAAUUGAACAGCCGCAGACAGUUCGAAUCCCAGGCUUCGAUUUCCCCGUGGAAGUUGGCUUUUUGUGGCACUUCGUCUACAAAGUCGAAGGCGGAGGCGAAAUCGAAGUCGCCACCACCCGGGUCGAAACCAUGCUGGGCGACGUUGCGGUGGCUGUACACCCCAGCGAUCCGCGAUACCAGCACCUGGUGGGGCGGCGGCUGCUGCACCCUUUCUUUCCCUCGCGGGAGAUGCGGGUGAUAGCCGACGAGUACGUCGACAAGGACUUCGGCACUGGCGCUGUCAAAAUAACUCCCGCCCACGACAAAAACGACUACGAAAUCGGAAAGAGACACAAACUCGAAUUCAUCACCAUCUUUUCGCCCGACGGCCACAUCAACGAAAACGGCGGCGAAUUUGCGGGGCAGCAUCGCUUUGCGUGUCGCCACAACAUUCAAAUUAGACUUAAAGAAUUGGGCCUGCUGCGAGACAAAGUCCCCAACAGCAAACCGAUGCAGCUGCCGCGCUGCAGCCGCAGCGGAGACAUUAUCGAGUACUUGUUGGUCCCCCAGUGGUGGAUGGACUGCAAGGAGGCGGGGAGGCAAAGCGUCAUGGCAGUGCGCAACAAAGAGCUGACGAUAAAGCCGGAGAACCACGUGGCCACUUGGGAGUACUGGCUGACGAAUGUGCAGGACUGGUGCAUAUCGCGACAGCUGUGGUGGGGCCACCGCAUUCCCGCGUACAAAGUUGUGGAGCCAGAAGUAGCAGCAGCAAACUGCAACAUGGGGGGGGAGGCGUGGGUUGCUGCUGCGAGUUACGGGGAGGCGGAAGCAGCAGCGCGGGAGAAGUUCAAAAUUGCAAAAGACGCAAAAGUUGUGCUGCAGCAAGACGAGGACGUGCUGGACACCUGGUUCUCCUCGGGCCUGUUUCCUUUCAGCGUUUUUGGCUGGCCAGAAGAAACGGAAGAGUUCAAAGCUUAUUUUCCGACGACUUUGCUGGAAACGGGCCACGACAUCCUGUUCUUCUGGGUGGCGCGGAUGGUGAUGCUUUCGCUGCUGCUGACGGGGCAGCUGCCGUUCAAGUCGGUGUUUCUGCACCCGAUGGUGCGGGACUCGCAGGGGCAGAAAAUGUCCAAGUCGAAGGGCAACGUGGUGGACCCUUUGGAGGUGAUCGAGGGGAUCUCUUUGGAGGCUCUUGUCGCGAAGUUGCAUGCGGGAAACUUGCAUGCAAAGGAGGCGCGGCGCUGCGAGGCGAUCCUCAGGAAAGACUUCAAAGACGGCAUUCCCGCGUGCGGCUGCGACGCGCUGCGCCUCGGCCUCGUGGCUUACAUGCGCCAGGGGCGCAACAUCAACUUGGACUUGAACCGAGUUGUUGGCUACAGACAGUUUGCAAACAAGAUCUGGAACUGCAGCAAGUUCGCGCUCGACAAGUGGGCCCUGGACCUCAGCAGCAGCAGCAGCAGCAGCAGCAGCGGCGGCGGCGGUGAAAGCGGCGCCGCGGAAGGCGGCUUCGUUCCGCAGGGGCUGCAGCUGCUCUGCUGCAGCAGCAGCCAAGCCCCCGACUGCAGCAAAACCCUCCACUGCAGCAAAACCCUCCACUGCAGCAACACGCCCGUCGCCCUCGCAGAACUCAAGUGGGAAGACAGGUGGAUCCUCCACAGACUCUCCGUCGCCGCAGAACAGGCCAACCGCUGCUUCGAGAACUUCGAGUUUGGAGAAGUGGUAAAUGCAAUUUACAACUUUUGGCUUUACGAACUUUGCGACGUUUACUUAGAGGCGAUAAAGCCUCGGCUGCAGCCCGUGAGUGCAGCAGCAGCAGCAGCAGAAGGCGACGCAGCAGCAGCAGCAGCAGCAGCAGCAGCACGUGCGCGCGACGGCCGCUGCGCGCAAGAAGUGCUCUUCACCUGCGUCGACAGAGGGCUGCGGCUGCUGCACCCGAUCUGCCCUUUUCUGACAGAAGAACUUUUCCAAAGAAUUCCUUUUUAUUCCGGAAAAGCAGAAUCGAUUUGCAUAAGUGACUAUCCGCAGCAAGUGCUGGCCUGGACGGACCCGGCCCUCGACGCCAACAUGCAGCAGCUGCAGCAAAUCGUCGGGCACUUCAGAUCGCUUUUGGCGGCGCUGGAGAUUCCGCCGAAGACGAAGCCGCAGGGCUUCGUGCUGCUGCGGUCUGCAGCAGAGGCUGUUCAGUUUUUGCAAGAAACGGCAGCGACCAUGGCGAUCCUGUCGAAGCUGAGCAAAGUUUCCGUCCUCACCGACGCCCCCCCGGCGGGCUGCGUCUCAGACGUCGUUUCCCCACAACUCACCAUUUACCUCCAAAUCGGAGAAGGAGUUAAUAUUUCGCAAACUCUGGAGAAGUUGGAAAAGAAAAAAGCCAACUUGCUCAGCAAGCUGGAUGGCUACGAGAAGAAAAUAAAAGAACCCAACUUCGUAAGAGCCCCCGAAGCUGUGCAAGAAGCUGCGCUGCAGAAGAAAGCAGACCUGGAAAAAGAGCUGCUGCUGCUGCAGGCAGCAAUUAGCGAAGUGGCCCCGCUGCUGCAGACUGCAGCCACGACCAAGUCCAACAGCCCGCAGCAGCAGUAG